AUGAACGUCGCCGGCCCCGCCACCGCUUUCGUGCCGACCGCCAGGCCAGCGCCCCGCGCCCCGCGGCCGCUCUGGCGCCCCAGCGCCCGCUGCAACCUGAGCCCACGCGCCGCCACCGAGCCGCCGCCGGCGGCGCCCGUCUACGCCCCCACUCCGCGGGAUCGGCCUCUGCGGACGCCGCACAGCGGGUAUCACUAUGAUGGAACCGCCAGGGCUUUCUUUGAAGGAUGGUACUUCAAGGUCUCCAUUCCAGAAUGCAGGCAGAGCUUCUGUUUCAUGUACUCUGUUGAGAACCCAUUCUUUCGUGAUGGGAUGACUGCUCUCGACCAGACAUUGUAUGGUCCACGGUUUACCGGUGUGGGAGCGCAGAUUCUUGGUGCGGAUGACAAGUACAUAUGCCAGUUCUCUGAAAAAUCAAACAACUUUUGGGGGAGUCGACAUGAGCUAAUUCUCGGAAACACUUUCAUUCCCAAUAAAGGCUCAACUCCCCCGGAGCGUGAAAUCCCUCCUCAGGAAUUUUCUAAUCGCGUUUUGGAAGGCUACCAAGUCACACCAACUUGGCAUCAGGGCUUCAUACGUGAUGACGGAAGGUCAAAGUAUGUGCCAAACGUCCAAACAGCUCGUUGGGAGUACAGCACCCGUCCAGUGUAUGGCUGGGGUGAUUUCACAUCUAAGCAGAAGUCAACAGCUGGUUGGCUUGCUGCUUUUCCAUUCUUUGAACCUCAUUGGCAGAUAUGCAUGGCAGGUGGCCUAUCCACAGGAUGGAUAGAAUGGGAUGGAGAACGGUUUGAAUUUGAAAAUGCUCCCUCCUACUCAGAGAAGAACUGGGGUGGGGGGUUCCCCAGGAAGUGGUACUGGAUCCAGUGUAAUGUCUUCUCAGGCACAUCUGGUGAAGUUGCUUUAACUGCUGCUGGUGGAUUAAGGAAAAUUGGAUUGGGAGAUACCUACGAGAGUCCUUCACUGAUUGGUGUCCAUCACGAGGGAAAAUUUUACGAGUUUGUGCCUUGGACUGGGACAGUAAGCUGGGACAUUGCUCCUUGGGGUCACUGGAGGAUGUCUGGCGAGAACAAAAAUCAUCUGGUCGAAAUAGAAGCAACCACCAAAGAACCGGGGACCGCUUUGCGAGCCCCAACAAUGGAGGCUGGAUUGGUACCAGCAUGCAAAGACACAUGUUAUGGAGAUCUCAAGCUGCAAAUGUGGGAAAAGAAAUACGAUGGGAGCAAAGGGAAGAUAGUACUUGACACUACAAGCAACAUGGCAGCGGUGGAAGUUGGGGGAGGUCCCUGGUUCAACGGGUGGAAAGGCACGACCGCUUCGCCUGAGCUUGUGAAUAACAUCGUUGGUACUCAGAUCGACGUGGAGAGCCUGUUCCCAAUUCCAUUUCUCAAGCCCCCUGGUCUGUAG